GGUCACACCGGAGCACCAGGGAAUCGAACCGACUACAGCUUAAACUACUACAAGUGGUGAUAUAACAAUGGUUGCCAUGGCGAGGGCAGUGGUCUGUCUGUUUCUCUGGCUGUCUGUGUGUCAGGUCAGGAGCUCUCACAUCAAUGUGGAGAUGAACAAGACCAUCCAGAACCUCCUGCAGCACUAUAAGAUUAGAAACGUCGAUAGAUUUGAUGGGAAACCCGUCUUCUCCAGGAAAGCACUGGCUGGCAAAAUGGAGGUGAAGAGGCUGUUUAUGGGCGGCGUUUUGGAGACGUACGAAAAGCUGAUCGGCGAGAUGUUGAAGCAGCUGCCCACGCCGAGUCCCCAGACCACCGGCAGCAACGACGGUCCCGCCUCCUCUGUCACCGCCGCCGCUGAUGCGGGUGGAGAUAUCAGGACGGGGCUGGAAUAUAUCCUGACCAAGAUCCGGGCGCUACAACACCGCUACCGUGAGCAGGAGAUGCUUCUGAAGGAACUGCAGGCUCUCCGACACAUCCAGAUGGAUAAACGCGUCGUCCAGAGCAAAGCCCUGUGGGAGCUGCCAUGGCUGUACGAGGAGGCGAGCUCGCUGUCUGAUGAGAUGCAGAGGAGGCGGCGGCGGCGGCGACAGACGCGGCGGCUCAAGUCUCAACUGAGUGGCUAAAACACAAACAGGCACAACGACAGCAACAAAACUAAAAUGCAAAAAAUGUGUGCAAAUUUAAGUAAA